ACAUCCUGGACAGCAAGUGUUUCCCAGCAGCACUGAACCAAGGACGGGUCGUCACCCUCAGAUGAAGGAGAUGUGAUGGCUUGGAGGCCUGGACUGAGUGGGUAGCGGCCCACCGUUGUUGUCAUCGAGGCCUCCCCUCCCCUGAGGGGGAGGGAGAGGCAACGUGAGGGUCGUGUGUGUGGUUUGCAAAAUGGCCUCCUCCCAGCUGCAGUGUCUGGACGAGCAGCACGUCAACCCCUGCCUGACUGAGUCGCUGCCGCAGUUCGUGUACUCGGAGGGUCAGCGGAGGGCGCUGGAGGCCCUACUAUCUGACGGCCCCUCGGCCUACGCCCACUGCCUGGAGGAGGAGGGGCUCCGGCCGUUUCUCUCGGCCGCCGAGGCCCACAGCCUGCUCGCUGGCGCUCGUCCCUUCCGCCCGUCCGACACCCCGGGCCAACAGGAAGAUGAGGAGCUGCUCGAGGGGCCCAACGGCAGGGAGUUGACGAGACUCUCCACCGCCAACUGGUCCCUCACCUACUGGCCAACGCAGUCGGACGCUCCGCCCCCGUUCCUGGCGCUGGGCUGGCCGGAGGAAGGCAUGUGGAAGGGAAUCACGCGGGCAGCAGUCUACACAAACCCUCCGGCCGAGGGAGCACCCACCAUCAAAGAGCUGGUGAGACGGCUGUUACAGAACGCCCAGCAGGUCAUCGCGAUCGUCAUGGACCAGUUUACGGACGUGGAUAUUUUCAUCGACUUGGUGGACACCUCCCGCCUGCGGAAGAUUCCGGUCUACGUGCUGCUGGAUCAGCUGAACCUGCCACUCUUUAUGGCGAUGGCUCGUGCGACCAACACCAACCUCUGGCUGCUGGAGCACAUGCGGGUGCGAGUCCUGGCGGGCUGUUCCUUCUGCUCCCGCAAUGGCCUGACCGUGGACGGGUCGGUAAAGGAGCGAUUCCUGCUGGUGGACGCAGAGAAGGUGGUGACGGGGUCCUACAGUUUCACCUGGACAGACGCCCGUCUCCACCGACACCUCGCCACUCUCCUGACUGGCCAGGUGGUUGAUGCCUUCGACCGGGAGUUCCGCACCCUGUACGCCUCAUCUCGGCCCCUCCCCCAGGAAGCCCUUCUCAACGGGACACUCAUGAAUCCCCCCUCUCUCCUCGCUGGGGCCCUUGGAAGUUCUGGGGCUGUCCAGAUCCCAACAAGCCUGGGAAAUCCCCCCCCGUUCUUCCCGGCAGCAUUGGUAAAGACUGGGACCACAGUAACCCAGUUUCACCACCUCCCAGGGACCCCCGGGAAUCCUGGGCACUCUCCCACUCAGCCUCUCAGAAAUCCCGGGGAUCCGGGAAACCUCUCCCCCUUUGCUCACCGCGUGGCAUCCCGCCGGAUAGUGCACCCGGAGCCCCUCCCACCUUCCUGGGCCCCCCUCGCUGGUCACCGCAUGCCGCUCGGCCGUCCGGGGGUCUCUCCUGCCCUCAGCGACAUCCUACGCAAUCUGCGGCGGGCUAGGACGACGAUGGAGAACGGGCCAAAGGGUAGCCGGUCGCUGUGGAACCUCAGCGCCCUGAGUCAGCUGGCAGGGGCACCCAGCCUGGGCAAAGGCUCGUCCGUGGACCCACUGGAACUGGGGGAGGAUGCCAAGACUCGCCUGACGAAAACACUCCCCACACCUGCGGCCACUCUGAUGAGGCACCGGCGGGUACAGAAGGAAGAGGAGGAGGAGGGGGGGAAAGGGACGCAGCCCCCUGCCGGGGCGGGAGCCGAGGGAAUUCUACCCUAGCCACCGGCAGGGGGUUGCGAGGGCGAGGAGCCAGUCGGCUGGGCGCUCGAUAGCAGAGGAAGGAGACCACCGUCAUCUCCCAGGACCUCCUGCACAGCAGGAACAACGCAGUGUGGACUGUCAGGAUCAAAAAGCGGGAUCACCGCAAAGCGCUGGGAGGCUGGGAGGACCGACCGGGAAAGGUGCUGCCCUCCUCCCACAAACAUAAUGUGACGUGACAGGUUGAUGUUUACACAGGAAAUCCCCAUUGAGGGGCAACGGGGAGGGUGGGGGGAACGUGAGCAGAGAACAUGGGUGCGGCCUACGAGACCCAAGAACAGAAACCACGCACGGUGCUCCCGGUGUGGGUCUGACCCGGGGGAUAUGGAGAUGGGAACUGUGCACGGUGCUCCCGGUGUGGGUCUGACCCAGGGGGAUAUGGAGACGGGAACUGUACACGGUGCUCCCGGUGUGGGUCUGACCCAGGGGGAUAUGGAGACGGGAACUGUACACGGUGCUCCCGGUGUGGGUCUGACCCAGGGGGAUAUGGA